GUCCAUUUAACGGCUCAGCUCACGCGGCCUGUCCUGUGCGCGCACCUCCCCGCCGGCUCACGCGCCGGAGUGUCCCGCAUCCGCAUCCGCUGCCGCCGCCGCCGCCGCUCACCCUCCUCCUCCUCACCCUCUACCUAGCCGACGUCCUCCGCCUCCGCAGCUCCUCCUCUUCAUCACGGUGAUGUCCAGCAUCCACCUCCGUCACUGCUCCACUAUGCCCAUGUCCCGCGUCUGCCUCCGCCGCCGCCUCUCCUCCUCCUCCUUCUCCAACUGCACCUCGCCGCCCUCCCCAACCUGGUCUCCCCACGCCGCCUUUGCCGCGGCCACAGAGCGCGUGCGAGCCGGUACGCUCAGCCCGCAAGACGCACACCACCUGUUCGACGUAUUGUUUCAGCAGGCCAUUCGGGUCCCCGAGCGCUCCCUUGAUGGAUUCCUUGCCGCCCUCAGCCAUGCUACGUCCUCUGAAGCCUGCAGAGACGGCCCCGCCCUCGCCCUCACCCUCUUCAACCGUGUCUGCCGAGAAGAAGCCGGCAUGCGGGUGGCGCCGCCCACCAUCUUCACCUACGGCAUCCUCAUGAACUGCUGCUGCCGCGUACGUCGUCCGGACCUAGGGCUUGCCUUCUUUGGGUGCAUCCUCAGGGCGGGCCUGAAGACAAACCAGAUCGCCGCCAACACCGUCAUCAAGUGCCUCUGCUGCGCAAAACAUACUGACGAGGCUGUCAAUAUGCUGCUUCAUAGGAUGUCCGACCUCGGCUGUGUGCCUGAUGCCUUCUCAUACAACACCAUUCUGAAGAGCUUGUGUGAAGACGGCAGGAGCUUGCAGGCGCUCGACCUACUGCUCCAGAUGGUGUCGAAGGAAGGAGGUGCCUGCUCUCCCGACAUGGUGGCAUAUAGCACGGUCAUCCACGGCUUCUUGAAGGAAGGCAAAGUAGACAAGGCAUGCAAUCUAUUCAAUGAAAUGAUGCGGCAAGGGGUUGUGCCUGAUGUGGUGACGUAUAGCUCGAUUAUCGAUGCAUUGUGCAAAGCCGGAGCAAUGCACAAAGCAGAGUUGUUCCUUCGGCAGAUGGUUGAUAACGGUGUUCGACCGGAUGAGGUGACAUAUACUAGCAUGAUCCAUGGAUAUUCCACUUUGGGCCGGCUGAAAGAGGUGCGUAAAAUGUUCAGAGAAAUGACAAGCUGUGGUCUUAUACCAGAUAUUGUCACUUGGAACUCGUUCAUGGACUCCCUUUGCAAGCAUGGAAGAACCAAAGAAGUUGCAAAGGUUUUCUUUUCCAUGGCUGCAAAGGGCAACAAGCCUAAUAUUGUCUCCUACACUAUUCUUCUUCAUGGGUAUGCCAAUGAAGGAAGCUUUGCUGAUAUGAUGAGUCUCUUCAAUUCAAUGAAAGGCGGCGGCAUUGUAGCCAACUGCAAAGUUUUCAACAUAUUAAUUGGUGCAUAUGCUAAACGAGGGCUGAUAGAUGAAGCUAUGCUCAUACUUACUGAAAUGCGGGGACAAGGACUGAGUCCGGAUGUAGUCACCUAUUCAACUCUAAUAUCUGCACAUUGGAGAAUGGGUAAGCUGACUGAUGCAAUGGAUAAGUUCAGUCAGAUGGUUGUUGGUACGGGAGUACAGCCGGACACAGUUUUUUAUCACUCCCUAGUUCAGUUCUUAUGUACACAUGGUGAUUUGGUGAAAGCGAAGGAGUUGAUUUCUGAAAUGAUGAAUAAAGGUAUUGCUCGUCCAAACACUGCACUCUUCAGUUCAAUAAUGGACAGUCUAUGCAAUGAAGGAAGGGUUAUAGAUGCACACCAUAUCUUUGACUUGGUUAUAGACAUAGGUGAGAAACCUGAUAUCAGUAUGUUUAGUACGCUGAUUGACGGAUAUUGCUUAGUCGGCGAGAUGGACAAAGCAUGUGGAGUACUUGAUGCCAUGGUAUCAGCUGGCAUUGAGCCUAAUGUCAUUACGUAUAGCACACUUGUCAGUAGAUAUUGUAAACGUGGAAGGAUCGAUGAUGGGUUAAUUCUGUUCAGACAAAUGUUGCAUAAGAAAGUUAAACCUACAACUGUUACAUAUGAAACCAUACUGAAUGGAUUAUUUCGUGCUGGGAGAACUGCUGAUGCAAAGAAAAUGUUCCAUGAGAUGAUCGAAAGUGGAAUAAUGGUGAGCAUUUCUGCAUAUAAUAUAAUUCUUGGAGGACUUUGUAGAAAUAAUUGCGCAGAUGAAGCGAUCGUCCUAUUCCAGAAAUUACGUGCAAUGAAUGUGAAGUUCAAUAUCACAACACUCAAUACCAUCAUUAAUGCAUUGUACAAGGUUGAAAGAAGAGAAGAAGCUAAUGAUUUGUUUGCUGCAUUACCAGCCAGCGGGUUGGUGCCUAAUGCUUCCACUUACGGAGUAAUGGUACAAAAUCUUCUAAAAGAAGGAGCAGUGGAGGAAGCUGACAGUAUGUUUUCAUCAAUGGAGAAGAGUGGUUGUGCUCCUAGCUCUCGUCUUAUAAAUGAUGUCAUCAGAACUUUAUUGGAAAAGGGGGAGAUAGUCAAGGCCGGAAAAUAUAUGUCUAAAGUUGAUGGGAAGAGCAUCUCACUUGAAGCUUCAACUAGUUCAUUGUUGUUGUCUCUCUUUUCAGGGAAUGGGAAAUAUCGGGAACAACUACAAUUGCUCCCUGCAAAGUACCAAUUUUUCAAUGGAAUCAGUUGAUGCGCUGGACGCGGUCCACUUUCCACCCCGACGCGGUCCAGUCCUCACGUAACUACCGCCAGGGGAACUACACGAGGUAUUCAGAGUUGAUUGACGUCCUCCAGGUGGCGGAGGCGCAGGACGAGGUUCUCAAAAAGAACAUUGUCGCGCAACCACUUGGGGGGAGUUCUCGCCAGGAGGUGAACGCUCUCAAAGUCCGCAAGCCUCAACAGAAGAAGAGGGGCCGGAAGGGCAAGAAGAAGGGCCCUCACCCCCCCGCCCCGGCUAAGCAGAACAAGCCGGGCAAGGGAGGGCAAAGGCCUCAGGACUGCUUCCGUUGUGGCUCGGUGGAUCAUUUCUCCCGCCAGUGCCGCGCACCACAGGAGGUCGUUGAUGCAUAUAAGGCUCGGAAGGCGCGUGAGACGCACCUCGCCUUGGUUCAGGAGGGAGCUCCACCGGCGCCCAUGGCGGCACCCGUGAUGAUCGCUACUCCCCCUGCUGUGCCCAUAGAGGCGACCCCCGUGGUGCCCAUCGCGGCAGCUUUGGCGGUCUCUACCGACGCCCACGUCGCCAUGGAGGUUGACCACAUGGUCGCCUCGGCGGCGCCGCCACUAGACAUUGAUGCUGCCUCCAAGAUGAUUUCUGAGGAGGAUCGGCUCACUAGUAUGGAGAUUGCGGCGGAAGUGAAUGGCUUCUUCACCGAGUCCACUUAGCAUACCUCUUUGGUUAUCAUGAUUCCGUGAUUUGAUACAAUAAAAUUGAAUAAAUUCGAUUUGGUUGUAAGCUCUAUGAGAGCAUAAACUUAUUCUUUACUUUGGCGAUUGGAUGACAUUUAUUCAUUUAUUCCAUUAUUUAUACAUGAUAGCAUGUUAUGUUCUGA